AAUAAUUUCGUUAUCGUUAUCGAGUUAAAACUUUGUGUAUUUUUAUCAGUUACUGAAAAAAAAACAUUCGGAUUUAAGCGUUUUUUGUAUAUCAAAUAUAUAUUUGAAAUUAUGGAUGCACUCAACGACGAUUGCCAUUUGCUAAUAAUAAGGCAUUUAAAUAUAAUAGACCAAUUUUCGCUAUUCGAAGCAACAAAAGAAGAACCGACAUGUCGUUUGAGCUCAAAUGUACGCUACACUUGGCAACAUCAGCAGAGUUUUACCUUGGAUUUUUCCCACUUUCUCUCCUUUGAAGAAAAACCAGGACUGUUGGAUGAUUUCCUGUCCAUCAUAAGUCCAACGGUGAAAGAAUUGGACUUACAUUUUGUCACUUUAGAUUACCUGAAACGCUGGAGGCCCUACAAAUUUCCGCAAGUGUUAUCACUGAAGUACACACUGAAUGACGACGAUGCGGAAUCCAAUGGGAACCUAGUCAUAUUAUUAAUUGCAGAACUCUUUCCAAGACUGACGAAUUUAAAGGCUUACGGUGUAUUUGAUUGUAUUCACUUGGAUAGUUUGAUGUAUUUGCGCAAACUGGACAUGAGCGAAUGCUGGUCCCUUACCCAUAGAUAUGAAUGUGAACAAAUGGGCGAAUUGAAAAUGUUGGAAGAGCUGAUAAUUCCAAAUCAGGGCUUUGAAAUGGGUCUGUGUGAGAGUAUCAUGCGCUUGCCCAAGCUUCAAACACUUACCUAUAAUAUGAAUUGUGAUCAAAUUGGAUUUGUAAGUGGAAUGCGGGCUAAGGAUAUUGAAAGAAUUACUUUCAACGACAGCAUUUGGGAGUUUAGACUACCCGCCUUACAAAGUUUGAUAAAUUUGCGUCAGUUAAGUUUAUUGGAAGAUGACGGAUUUACGAGCAACCAGUUACAAGAAUUGAUUGCAGCUUUACCACGACUGGAACGACUUGAUCUUAUUAAUUUUCAGCUUUGGAGGUUUGAGAUUGACCUUUGGGAAACUGUCGCCUGUUGUCCAUCUCUGAAGAUCUUGAACAUAUCGAGCAUGCAACUAUAUGCUGAUUUUUUUUAUAUUAACAGGCGUCCCAUGGAAAAGGUUUUGGAUAUGCGAUCAACCCCCUUGACCUUACAUUGCCAUGACACUGGCGAAAAUGAGCAUCUGAUUCGCUUAUAUUUUAAGCAUCCCAAAUUAAAGGUUUUGUUUGAGCCAUUAAAUAUCCACUACAUCGAUUGUAAUUCUGUUGAGAUACAUUUUUUGCCUUUCGUAAUGUCAACUAAUGAAGAGAAGGCUAUUUAAUGCAUAUUUAAAGUAUUAAUAUUAUAAAAAGUUUGUGAUAAUAUAUUUCUUAAAAUCAA